CUAGCUAGGACUAGUAAGUAGCAUACCAUUACCAUCCUCCGCGCGGCUAGCUCCGACUCGCUUUCAUCCAUACGAUUGCCCGGAGCUCAAGCCCUGAGCUGAGCCGCCAGAGCGCGCGCGAUCAUCGCUUGAGGGAAAAGCAGAGUGGAGUGGCCGAGAUGAAGGUGCAGUGCGACGUGUGCGCGGCCGAGGCGGCCGAGGUGUUCUGCUGCGCCGACGAGGCGGCGCUGUGCGACGCGUGCGACCGCCGCGUGCACCGCGCCAACAAGCUCGCCGGCAAGCACCGCCGCUUCUCGCUGCUCAGCCCGGCGCCACCGCCGCCGCCGCCGCUCUGCGACAUCUGCCAGGACAAGCGGGGGCUCCUGUUCUGCAAGGAGGACCGCGCCAUCCUGUGCCGCGACUGCGACGUGUCGGUGCACACGGCCAGCGACCUGACCAUGCGCCACGCCCGGUUCCUGCUCACGGGCGUCCGCCUCUCCGCCGAGCCCGCCGCCGCGUGCCCGGCGCCGGAGGAUGAGGAGGAGGAGGACGACGAGAACAGCAGCGGCAGCUUCUGCUGCAGCGCCGGCGACGCAGCCGCACAUCCUCCUCCUCUUCCGUCGUCGGCGCCCGCCACCAGCCACGGGAGCGACAGCAGCAGCAUCUCCGAGUACCUCACCAAGACGCUGCCCGGGUGGCACGUCGAGGACUUCCUGGUGGACGAGGCGGCCGCCGCCGCCGCGACUGACAUCGGCGUCUCCGCAGCAGACGCGUCGUAUCAGGACGGCUACCCCGCGUGGAUGGCGGCGCAGGAGCGACUCCUCUGCGAGGGCGGCGGAGGAGCGCGGGGCAGCAGGGAGCGGUGGGUGCCGCAGAUGGCCACGUACAGCGGCCCGGGGCUGGCCGUGGCCGUGGCCGGCACCAAUAAGAGGUCCCGAGCCACGUCCGCCGCGUCCUCGUUUCCUUACUGGUGAACGGCUCGACGGAAGACGACCCCGUGUCAGACUCGCCGACGGUCGCCGUCUGUCUAUGCCUCGGCUGGUGCAUUAUUGUUACCGCUACUUGUUGACUACUGUAACCGCGAGGUCUGUUUCGUGCUCAAUUAGCAGUGCGCUUUUUUUUCCGCUCCCGGUCGGUCGGGCCGGCGUCCUCGUUCACGUGAACGAUGACGAUCAGCCUAUGGUUGGGAGCGUUUGCAGCACUUUUUCUGGGGGCGCUAGAGAACGGGGAUGAAUACUGCCGCGCCUUUGUAAUCUCGCUUUUUGCUCGAUGCAACUUAAAAUCCUGUCCCUGUCUGUCUAU